AUGGACCAAAGUAUCUUCGAUUUCCAACAAUUCACCUCCCCUGCAUGCUGGCGAUCCCCGGAGCAGCUUCGCGGGUGGAUUCGCAAUCACAGCGAUCUCAUCACCGAGAGCGAGUCGCUCAGGGCCGAUGGGGUUCUCUUUCAAUCCGCGCGUUUGGCCCUCCACGACAGCGAAAACGCACUCGCGAUCGCGCUCUCGCCGUUCGCGGGGACCGCCUCGGUGGGGCUGAUGCCUCUUGCGGAUGCCGAGCCGACGCUGCGGGCGGUGCAGCGGAUUUCUUGGUUGGAACUCCCUACCGACGUCCGAACUAAUGGGGUGGAGUGGUGUGAGGAUCUGCUCUUCCUUGGCUCCAACCGCGGGCGGAUUUUAGUGGCCGAAUUAAAUGAGCAAUCAGUCGCGGGGAGCAGCGGCCUCCUGCGGCCCCGCGCCAAGCUCCGCACCUACGCCGCGGGGGAGCCCCCAAUAGGUGAGCGCAUCGUUUCCGCUAGCUCUCCCGCUGCGACCUCGCUUGUUCGCAGCGUGCAGGUUAAUAGAAAAGUAAAUAAACACAACGUUCUCGCGGCGCGUGAUGCGGAGGUUUUUAUUUGGGAUCUCAAUGCUGACCCCACCCCUGUCUACGCCUGGAGGCCCCACCUCACGGCAGAAGAAGGAGGUUCGUUGGUGUUGUUUGCGCGCUGGGCCCCUGGCAGCGAUCGUAUUGUUCUCUCUGGUAAUUACGAGGGUGAUCUUAUGCUCGUGGAUACGCGGGGCGCCGGCCUCGCCAACGGCCUGACCUUCGCGAUGCGCAAAUCCUACGCGGUGAGCUGCGCGGAGUUCAACCCGCUUCUGCCUUUUAGCCUCGCGGCGGCGUCGUCGGAUGGGACCUUCGCCGUGUUUGAUGUCCGGCGCGCGUCAGAUCCGAUUUACGUGGUGCCCUCCCUCCAGGGCGAUGUCACCGCCCUGCAGUGGUUUAAACUUCAUCCCGACCUCCUUUUGACGGCGGGCGCCGAUAGCUCCGUCUCGAUGUGGAGUUUGCGCAGUUUCCCGACCUACGCCGUGGGCCAUGCGCAGUAUGAGGCCCCGUUGACGGAUUUAAUCACCACCACGACCUACCUUGAGCAGCGUGGCAUCGGGCUGACGAUCGACGGUGCGCUGACGUUGACAGGGCUUCGGACGGGGGCGAUGCGGGGGCUCGCGCCGGGGCUGGAAGCCGCGGAAUCUCACCAAGCUUCACUUUUCUUUUCCACUUCCUCUUCUGCUUCUUGUUCUCCUCUUUCCCCUGAUCAGGUGGGGGCGAUUCAGCAGGCCGUCGGGUCUUUGUACACCCGACAGCGGCGGGAGUGUUAUCGACAGCUGACCGACUGCGCGAGCGACCAGUUCGCGCGGGGGGAUACGACAACAGCGAUGUGGCUGGUCUCCCUCACCGACCUCGACCGCCCGCCGGAGUUGGAUUACGAUCAUCUGCUCGCCCACCCCCCCCGCUCUCAGGCGAAUUCGGUGGGGGCGGCCCGGCGGGAAUUCGACCACACUUUGCUCCACGCCGCGAGCCGAUUUCUGACCACGCUUCCGCUCGAACGGGUUCGGCAACUCUCGCAGCCGGAUCCGGCGGAUUUGCGGCGGCUUGAGGCGCUCCGCCUGAACAUCGCCCUCCGCCAGGCCUUUAACACCAACGACGCGGAAGCGAUUUCUCUUCAGAUUCACAAGACGCUGGAGAGCUUCUCCACCCACCCCGACGGCCUCGAGCUGCUGGAUGUCGAGGUGGUGUGUGGGAUUGUGCGGUUUUUCCUCGGCAAGGAUCCCGCGGCGGGGGAGCGCGUCGUGCAGGGGAUUCUCGCGCUCGUGAACGAUGCGACGGCCUCCUCUUCCACCGCGGUGUCGACGCUCAUUCGGGCCGUCUUACUCACCGCCCAGGAGCCGCUCCUAACAGGAAGUACGCGCCGCCUGCGGGAGGGUUUUUUUAGCAACCCCGACGCCGCGCGGGAGGCGGUGCGCACGCAGCUCGAGAUUCUCCGCCUCGGGGAAAGUCACCCUCGCGAGGUGAUUGCCGCCGUCAACGCCUAUCAAACCCGCUGUAUUGCGCAGAAACUUCCAGGCAUGUUUGGCUGGCUCGGCCUACGUCCGAUAACUCUUUUUCUCCAAUGCCUCCAGGCGGACUCGAACUACGUCACCUUCUUCUGGACCGGCGUGCAGUGCAUUGAGGCCUUCCCAAUGGCGCGACCGAUCGAAACGAUGCUCGUUUCCAUGAUGAACCGCAUUCACCUCGCCUCGAAUACGAUGCGGAUGGAGCUGGAGGAGUUGUCCAGCCCGAAGAGCUUUCCCAUCCCUCGCCUUCGGAAGAUCGAGAAGUCCCUGCGUAAUGUUCACGGCUUUCUUUCAGUGUUGAUGCGUGUGCAGAUGGAGUGUGAGAAUGUGGCCGUGGAAAGUGGUAUUCCCAAAAUGCCCCCGAUGAUGGAUCGUAUUUUGGAGCUGCUUAAUACCGCCUCCGAGGGGCUACUUGAGAUCUGGGCAGGUGUGAUCGAUAUGCUGCUGGAAAACGGUGAGCCGGAGAGGAUACGGAAAUAUUUCCUGACUACCAUCAGGGGCUUUAGCGCAUCCGUGGAGGAUCUUAUCAGUGUUUCCGCAAAGGGGGAAAAUGAUGAGCGUUUGAACGAAAUCUUGGCUGUAUGCGAUGACUUUUGCAAUAUUGUUUCUUCGCAAACGUCGUAA